GGAGGAGGAAGAUUGUGAAGAGUGCAUUUCGGAGCAAAGACGUCUGAUUCAAUACGAGAGCCGUUGCAAAAGUAAGCAAGAAACAUCAUCGAAUACACGCUCAUUCUGGGCCAUAUCCUUCUUUCAGAUCUGUAGAGGGUCUUGCGGACUUAUAAACGAACGGCUGUUUCUGUUCUCCAUCCCGAUCGCUUUCUUGCAAUUUUACACCAUUUAUGCGUGGAUGCUCUUCCUGGUGCCCCAUACUGAACACCUGGGCGUCCCUCAGUCCAAGGCAAUCUACCUUUCCACAAUCGGCGGUAUAGGUGGCAUCAUCGGUCGGACCAUCUUCAUCAUCCUCGUCGGCAAAGGCAUCAACGUCUUUGUCUUCUAUGUCGCUAUAGCUCUCAUCUGCACGGGAUCAUUUCUGUUGGACUUUGUCAGUUCUGCUUACGAGGUGCGUGCUAUCUUGGCUUUUGUCCAAGGGUUCUCCUUCUUCAUCGAAGAUACUAUUAUUUCCAGUUUAUGCAAAUAUGCAAUCUUGGACGAUACGAAUUUUAAAAUGGCCCUUGCUCUCAGUAACUUCACGGGAGGACUAGGGGCGACAUGUGCAGGAACAUUAACAGGUUAUCUGUUUGAAGUCACCCAGUCGUUUACGAAGGUGUUCAUCAUCCUCGGCUUCAUCCACGCCGCCAUGGUCGUUCAUCUCUUCAUCGUAGCGAUCUUCAUCAAAAGACGACGAUAAAAUGUCAGUUUUCAUUUUUACCUUUAGGAUACCGCUUGGAUUAAGAGGAGGCGGGAGAACUGCCCCCACCCUCUCUCCUUUUUGGGAAACCCAAGAUGCAUACAUUUAGGACACAAGUCUAAAAACUUACCCUCCACCAUUUUAGGUGGUGAUUUAAUUUAAAUUUAUUUAUAUAUCGACCUACAUAUUUUAUUCAAGUUUUUAUUCUUUUUGCUCGGCAAUGCUUGAAUGUUUCUAAAUUUUAUCUGAUUUCUGCCCGUUAAAAAAAAAAUCCUACAUUUGCCCCUGCUGUAAACGUUUGUACUACAGUUAUGUAGUUUAUUGUGUAGAUCUUUGAUCUUUCAAACAAAAUCC